GCCGGGCUUAUAAGGCGCCGGGUCCGCGCGGCGGCAGCUACGGCCGCUCGGCGCUCGGCGGGGACUCGGGCCGGGCCCCGCGUCCGCUCCCCGCGCACCGCCCCGCGCUCCGCACUGUGCCUCGGGCUGCCCGCCCCGCCGCCGCCCAUGGCUGACCUGAGCUUCAUCGAGGACUCCGUGGCCUUCCCGGAGAAGGAGGAGGACGAGGAGGAGGAAGAGGAGGGCGUGGAGUGGGGCUACGAGGAAGGUGUUGAGUGGGGCUUGGUGUUUCCUGACGCUAACGGGGAAUACCAGUCUCCCAUUAACCUAAACUCAAGAGAAGCUCGGUAUGACCCCUCACUGCUGGAUGUCCGCCUGUCACCAAACUAUGUGGUCUGCCGAGACUGUGAAGUCACAAAUGAUGGACACACCAUUCAGGUGAUCCUGAAGUCAAAAUCAGUUCUUUCAGGAGGUCCAUUCCCUCAAGGGCACGAAUAUGAGCUGUAUGAAGUUAGAUUUCACUGGGGAAGAGAAAAUCAGCGUGGUUCUGAGCACACGGUUAAUUUCAAGGCAUUCCCCAUGGAGCUCCAUCUGAUACACUGGAACUCCACCCUGUUUGGCAGCAUUGAUGAGGCUGUGGGGAAGCCACAUGGGAUUGCCAUCAUCGCUUUGUUUGUCCAGAUAGGAAAGGAACAUAUAGGCCUGAAAGCUGUGACGGAAAUCCUUCAGGAUAUUCAGUAUAAGGGGAAGUCCAAGACAAUUCCCUGCUUUAAUCCUAACACGUUGUUACCAGACCCCCUGCUGCGGGAUUACUGGGUCUAUGAAGGCUCUCUGACUAUUCCACCUUGCAGUGAAGGUGUUACCUGGAUACUAUUCCGAUACCCUUUAACCAUAUCCCAGCUACAGAUUGAAGAAUUUCGAAGACUGAGGACACAUGUUAAGGGGGCAGAACUUGUGGAAGGCUGUGAUGGGAUUUUGGGAGACAAUUUUAGACCCACUCAGCCACUCAGUGACAGAGUCAUUAGAGCUGCAUUUCAGUAGCCAGAGAACAGGAACAAGUUUUGUCAUCCUCUGGGAAGAAGACAAUGGUCCUACAGUGCCCUUCAAUGAGUAAUGGAAACUUUGAGUGCAACUUUAUUUUUCUCAAAACCUGCAUUGUCGUCAUCACAUUCAGCUCUGAUGGACUUCUGUGACAGUUGCCUGUACAUAUGCUCUAAUGAAAUAUUAGAAAUGGCUGUAUAUACAGAGAAAACCCUGUACUAUAUGUCUACAUUAUUACUGCUAGUAUUCAUACUUUUGCCAUUCUGUGAUUGCUUAUGUGCAGAUGAAAUUAAACUAGUUUUCAGCAUCAUUCAUGUGAAUAUAUAUAAUAUAUUGAUAUUAAGUCAUGAAAAUAUAUUCCCAAUAUUAGCAGUUCUUCAUUUCUUGUCUCAUUUGGAGAAUAGUUUUAUCAUUGAUGUUAAAAUUAAGAGUUUUGAUCAAUAAGAGUAUACAGCUUCAAAAUGUUAUGUGAAGAACUUGUAAAAAUCACAUCGCAUUAUUUUUGACAUUUGUAUACAAUUAAUUUCAGAAUAAUUUGCUAUUGUAGGAAAUGAUUUGGGAGUUAGUGCAUGAAGAUUAGACCUUGUAAUUUUCUUAGUUAAAUAGUUUCAUCAAGUAUGUGAACCUAAUUAUUUGAUGUAAUUGUGAUUUCUUGGAGAUCAAGAAUAGUAUAGGAAAUGAAUAACAUAGAAAAGAAAAUGGGUGGGUACAACAGACUAGGAAUUACUUUAUUUUUCAUGGAAAGAAUUAGAAAUUAGCAUCCAAUAAUAAAGAGUUGUACAUUUUCUAAGUCUAAAAUAUUUUAUUCUGUGGAUUCCGCUACUUGGGUAUAUUGAGACAUUUCUUUUUAAGAUGACCAGUAUCUUUAUUUAAGUUUUAUUGGCAAGUCUUAGCUUCACUUUAGGUACAUCUCUAUGUGACUGAGAGGAAAUGUAACGUGAUUGACAUAAGACAAAAAAUAAAGACUGUUGUUGUUUUUA